AUGGGUUUACAGGUCAAAUUAUAAGAUAAGAGAGAGCCGGAAAUGAGCGAUUGAUCAGGAAUUGGCCUCUCCUUCGGCGUUCUUGUUGACGAGCCGCCUGCUGGAAGAGUCCGAAAUGCCCCGAAACAGCCGAGAAGCGAGCACAGGAGAGCAAAGGCGGCGCGGUUGACAAUUUUGCGAACAAGUACGACCCAAGUGAUAUCUUCAACAUGGACGAAACCGGUCUCUUCUACGCUAUGCGUCCGUCUACGGGCCUUGCUCGGGACGGUCGAAAUGGUGUCAAGAUGAAUAAGACUCGCAUCAUUGCGAGACAUGAGGCGUGGAACGACAUCCGCCCCGAGACGAUUGCCAACUGCUGGCGCCACGCUCAAAUCUCGUCUGAUCGCAAGAACAAAGGAUCGACCGACCAUACACCUCUUCCCAACGGUCGCGGGCCUCUCAAUGGCGAUCGCGGCAACAUCAACGCGAUGAACGCUCUGAAGACGGCGAACGAUAAGCUGGUCGAAAAGGGAAUAGUUACGAGCAACGAGAAGAUGAGUAUCCACUUUCUUGUCGAUGUGGAGGAGGAGAACCUUGCUGGUGGGGCGGAAAUGACCGAUCAGGAGAUUGUGGACCUGGUCAUUGCCGAACAGUUGAAAGAGAAUUGCGAGGGAGAAGGAGGAGAGGAGGAAGGGGAGAUAGAGCUCCGACCGGCGGAGCGAACGACGCUGCAGGAGGCAAUCUCAGCGCUUGAUGUUUUCCUUAGGUUUGCUAUGAAUGGAAACUUAGGUCCAACGUAUUUGAUUUCUUUUGAGGACCAGGCUAGGAGGAUUCGCAGGACUCUUGUUGCCGAGCAGGAUGCCGCGAGGAUUCAGACGACAAUGACUUCGUAUUUCCAGCGUCAGUAG